AAUAGUUGACUUUUUCUUAAUAAUAGACUUUAUAAAAUCAGGUUUAUGUAAACGUCAAAACUAAAAAUGUUCUCUCAUUUUAGUCAAUAUAAAGAUGACUUGAUCGAUUUCGAUAUCUGGCCUGCAGGAUUACCCGAUUUGAGUUCAAAUGUUCUGGGUAUCAUAAAUGACGAUGAAAAUUUAGCAAUGAAGCAAGAACUUGAAAGUGCGUUGAUUCGUUUAAAAGUAGCUGAAGAAGAGAACGCAUUACUGAAAAAGAAAUUGGAAAAUAUAAAAGAUAUAGUAAAUCUUUGUGUUUUAAUUGUGUUAAAAAAUAAUGUUCAACGAUUCCUCUAUGAUGAGCAGACAUUUUCGUAA